CAGGCGCGCGCCAGGCGGCACGGAGGCUCUCCCGGCCCUUCCUCCCGGAAGGCCGCGGCGCGGGGGCGCGUCCCGCUGCGCUUGCGCGGCAGCGGUGCAUGCUGGGCGCGCCCCUUCCCGCCGUGACACUGCACAUCGCGGCCCCGCGGCGGCGCCGGGAGGAUGGUCGGCGUGAAGGUGAUCGCGAACGACACCGAGUUCCAGCCCGAGCUCAGCGCCGCCGGCUCCCGCCUCGCCGUGGUCAAGUUCACCAUGCGCGGAUGUGGCCCGUGUUUAAGGAUAGCUCCUGCUUUCAAUGCUCUGAGUAACAAAUAUCCCCAGGCAACGUUUUUGGAGGUAGAUGUACACCAAUGCCAGGGAACAGCUGCAACCAAUAAUAUAUCAGCAACACCAACAUUUCUGUUUUUCCGAAACAAAGUGCGAAUUGACCAGUAUCAAGGAGCAGAUGCUGUAGGAUUAGAAGAAAAAAUUAAACAGCAUCUAGAGAAUGAUCCUGGAAAUAACGAGGACACCGAUAUUCCAAAAGGAUAUAUGGAUUUAAUGCCAUUUAUUAAUAAAUCCGGCUGUGAAUGUCUUAACGAAAGUGAUGAGCAUGGGUUUGAUAACUGUUUACGUAAAGACUCUACCUAUCUGGAAUCAGACUGUGAUGAGCAGCUGCUUAUUACUGUAGCUUUUAAUCAGCCUGUCAAGCUUUAUUCUAUGAAGCUUCAAGGACCAGAUAAUGGUCAAGGUCCUAAGUAUGUAAAAAUCUUUAUAAACCUCCCACGGUCAAUGGAUUUUGAAGAGGCAGAGAGAAGUGAACCAACCCAAGCCCUGGAACUAACACCAGAUGACAUUAAAGAGGAUGGUAUUAUCCCACUUCGCUAUGUAAAGUUUCAGAAUGUUAACAGUGUAACUUUAUUUGUCCGGUCAAAUCAUGGUGAUGAAGAAACAACAAGAAUUACAUAUUUUACGUUUAUUGGAACUCCAGUCCAGGCAACAAAUAUGAAUGACUUCAAGCGAAUAAUACACAUGGGAGUGUUGACAAUUUCCACCUCUGACUGGUAGUAGGCAAGAAAGGAGAGAGUCACUAAGAUGGAAAAGACACUGGAAGGCCUUAUUUCAAUCAAAUGAGAUCUUCAGUUUAUCUCCAGCUCCUGGAUAAUUGCUUGACCAUAGCCAGAGACUGUCAAUCUGUUUCAUUUAAUGUCAUUAUCAAUAAAUCAUUGCUUUUGUUGAGAUGGAGUUUCAGAGUGUGUUUCUGUUGUAAUCUUGGUACAUGUAUUUGUAAAUAAAAUUCAUUAAUUUUGCCAAGUUUAAUUUUGUCAUUCUAGUAACUAAAGCUUUUUCAAUGUUUCUUUCAUUUAAAUUUCAAAACUGGACUGGCUUAUCUUUAAAAACAGAAGACUUAACAUAGACUGCAUUUGUUUAAUUAGUUCAAAAUGUCAAAUUUACGUAAAACAUUCUUGGCUUUCUGAAAAUACAUUUUAAAAAGAAAAUCCAGAGCUGGCUUGUAAUAAGCCUCUGCUAAUUUAUGAUCAGUGUUCACAUAAUACAGGUACAUUAUUCCCAAAAGGGAAUAUUCUUUUCUAUUUGGAAGUUUCCAUUUUACCUUCCCAAAAUAAGGGUGAGGAAGCAUGUAUCAGGUUACUGUUGCAUCAACUUAACUGUAAUUGUAAAAAAUGACACAAGUGGUAGUAGGAUACAAUUCAGUACAAAUUAGUUGGCAUGACGAUCUCUUGCUACUCUUUUGAAAGCUAUAUUCCCAGUUUUAUAAUAAAUGUUGAGCUUAUUAGCCAGGCAAAUGAACAAGGACACAGUGCAGGUGAUAACCAAAUGCUUUUGAUACCUGUAAGUCGACAAGAUACCUCUGUUUACUGCUACGUUUUAUUGGGCAUUGUGUCCUGUCUCUGAUCUUGAUAUAGAAGUGCUCAUGGUAGAUAAGGUUAUUGUAUUUUAAUCUGAAUUCUUUAAAGUAUUGUAGUCUAUGCUCAACUGCUUAAACCCCUUCAGUAAAUUUCCCUGGAAAAGUGCCCCAAGUCAUUUUAAUAAAUCAUGCAUUGAUCAGCACUGUGUACAUACACGGUGCUACAUAAAUUCCUAGGAAGUUUUACUAAGUGUUUUAAUUGGCAUAAUUAGUUUCUUUGUAAAGUUAAAUUUGUUACAUUUCUAAUUACAAUAAAUCCCAAUAAGAAUUAAAUCCUG